UUGUAUGGUAAUAACCUGACAGACAGUUCCUCCAUCCACCUGGCAUCGGGAAUAAGAAGUAACCAGACCCUGAGGACACUGGACCUGUCUGGGAACCAUCUGGAGGGUCCUCAUUUCAGGGAUCUGAUGGUGGCUCUAACCACAAGCCGGAUAGAGGAAUUACAUUUCCAUGGCAGUAGACUGACAGACAGUUCCUGCCCCGACCUGGCAUCAGGAAUAAGAGAUAACCAGACACUGAGGACACUGGACCUGUCUGGGAACCAUCUGGAGGGUCCUCAUUUCAGGGAUCUGAUGGCGGCUCUGACCACAAGCCGGAUAGAGGAAUUACUUUUGAAUGAUAAUAACCUGACAGACAGUUCCUGCCCUGACCUGGCAUUGGGAAUAAGAGACAACCGGACACUGAGGAGACUUCAUCUCUGUAGAAACCAUCUGGAGGGUCCUCAUUUCAGUCACCUGAUGACAGCUCUGACCACAAGCCGGAUAGAGGAACUAUUUUUGAAUUGCAAUAACUUGGUAAGCAGUUCCUGCCCCCACCUGGCAUUGGGAAUACGAAAUAACCGGACGCUGAGAAGAUUUGACCUGUCCUAUAACAAUCUGGAGGGUCCUCAUUUCAGGGACCUGAUGGAGGCUCUGACCACAAGCCAGAUAGAGGAAUUA